AAAAAAAAAAAAACCGAUGAGAAAUAGUGGAUGGAUGGAAGAAGAAGAAAAAUCUACCCGGUUAACCUUUGAACCGUCUUCCUUUGACUGCACAAGAAGUCACAAGACUAACUCUCAUAUACUUUCACGGAUGACAGUGCUAACAAGACAACACGUUCAGAGCAAAGCGAGAAGGAAGACACACACAUCAUGUCCCUUGUCCAUUUCAACCCAGGGUCGGAUUCAGGUGUAAAUGGAAACGUUGCAAAGAUGGAAGAUGCUGAAGUGGAGAUUGAUGAUGGAAAGGAUGAGAUUGUGGUGCCAGACACUAUCUACCACAAUAUCCGCAAGAAGAUCACACCUUUUGUUAUGUCCUUUGGAUUUCGUAUAUUUGGAGUGAUUUUGAUCAUAGUGGACUUUGUGCUGGUGAUUGUGGACUUCUCCCUGCCGGCCAAGAGCAGAGGGGCUGGAGACGCCCUAGAGGCUGUGUCCCUCACCAUCUCCUUCUUCUUUCUCGCUGACGUUCUCCUGCGGGUCUAUGUGGAGGGGUUCAAAGUGUACUUCAGCUCCAAGCUGAACAUCGUAGAUGCCUGUGUUGUGGUACUCACCCUGGUGGUCACCAUGAUCUACACCUUCACUGACCUGACAGGCGUGAAUCUCAUCCCCAGGGUGGUGACGUUUCUUCGUUUCCUGAGGAUUAUAAUCCUGGUGAGGGUUUUCAGACUGGCAGCUCAGAAGAAAGAGCUGGAGAAGGUCACCAGGAGGAUGGUUUCUGAGAACAAACGACGUUAUCAGAAGGAUGGAUUUGACCUUGACCUCACGUAUGUCACAGACCGCGUCAUCGCCAUGUCUUUCCCCUCCUCUGGGAAGCAGUCCUUCUACAGGAAUCCAAUUGGGGAAGUGGCCAGGUUCCUGGACUCUAAACAUGAAGGUCGCUAUAAAGUUUACAACCUGUGCAGUGAGAAAGGUUACGACCCGCAGUUCUUCCACUACAGAGUUGAACGGGUGUUCAUUGAUGACCACAACGUCCCCUGCUUGGAGGACAUGCUGAGAUACACAGCCAGCGUGAGGGAGUGGAUGUCUGCCGAUCCCAAAAACAUCAUUGCAAUUCACUGUAAAGGAGGGAAAGGACGCACAGGUACUAUGGUGUGCACCUGGCUCAUUGACAGUGAUCAGUUUGAGAGUGCACAGGACAGUCUGGAGUAUUUUGGUGAGAGAAGGACAGACAAGAGUCGGAGCUCCAAGUUUCAGGGAGUGGAGACUCCCUCUCAGAGCCGGUACGUGGGCUACUACGAGAUCAUGAAAACCAAGUUCAACCGACAGCUGCCUCCACCUAAAAGCCUCAGGAUCAAGAGCAUCCGCAUCCACUCCAUAGCAGGUGUGGGUAAAGGUGAUGGCAGCGAUCUCAAAGUGAGGAUAAUUGUGAGGAAGGAGCUGGUUUUUCAAUGCGUGUGUGCCAAACAGGAGAACUGCACAGUUUUUCCCGACGUGGGCAACAACGCAGCAGUCAUCAGUCUACAGAACGGGCCUGUGGUUGAAGGGGAUGUGAAGGUCAUGUUUGAAUCAAGUGCAGGUCUUCCAAAAGGAUACGAAGAUGUUCCGUUCUACUUCUGGUUCAAUACCUCCUUCAUAGAGGAUAACAAGCUGUUUCUACCCAGGGAGGAACUGGACAACCCACACAAACCAAAGACCUGGGACCUGUACAAGGAGGACUUUGGUGUCACUAUGCUCUUCUCAGAACCAUAAUAAAAGCCCUUUUAGAAAGAUGAAGAGAGGAAAGUGGCUCGUUACAGUUGUACAUUUAAUGAUGGAUGCUGAACAGAAACUGGUGGAUCAAACACUAACUGAAAUGAACGAGUCAUAAAAUUAGUUAAGAUGUUGCUAUAGGCUUAUAGGCUUUGAUGAGAUGUGGCUCUUAAACUGAAAUGUACAAGAAGUAAUGUGUGAGGAAGUACCAUCAAAUAUCUAGUAAGGUUUUCCAGUGAAUUACCUGAAGUCUGUGGUGACUUUUUUAUGUGUCCUAAAAUAACACUGAAAAAGAAUCAGAAACACAUUUGCACCUGAUGAAAUUAUAACAGUUAAUUCUUAUUACACUAUGAGAAGCAUUUAAAUGAAUGUGCGGCGUUAACUUUUGAAAAAUGUCACCGACGUACUGCUGCAAAAUAAACAACUUUUUAAAUUU